UUUUUUUUUAUCCGGAACCUGAUUAGCUCAUUAAGGAGAAACUCAUUUUCCUUGGAAAUCAGCAGCUCCCUAAUUAAUUGUGAUCCAUAAUUAGAAGCUAAUGAAGGUAACCCGGACACCGCGGAGCUGCUCCGUGGAUUUGCUGCUGCAUUUUUGGAUCUUCUCCCUGGAUUUUGCCCUCAGCAGAGCUCCUGGAAUCUGGGCUGGGCCAUCUGAUCAUCCCAAAUCCACAUCCCGGGGUUUUCAUGGAGUGAUCCAAGGGAUGUGUGGGCUGGGAAGAGGGAGUUUUGCUCCUCCUUCCUCCCAGAUUCCGGAGCCUCGGGAUUGGGAAUGAGCCUGUCCCCAGCACCAGGAUAAAAAUAUCCCAAGGGAGUGGGCGAAGGAUCGGGAGGAGCAGGAUUGGCUCCAUGGGAACGGGAGAAUCCCGGAAUCCUGGAACGACUGGCCGGAUCGAGCCGAACUAUCCCAAAGUUUGCGGUCACCAGGGAAACGUGCUGGACAUCAAGUGGAACCCCUUCAUUGAGAACAUCAUCGCCUCCUGCUCCGAGGACACCUCGGUGCGGAUCUGGGAGAUUCCGGAGGGCGGCUUGAAGCGGAACAUGACGGAGGCGGCGCUGGAGCUGUACGGACACAGCCGCCGCGUGGGGCUGCUGGAGUGGCACCCGACCACCAACAACAUCCUCCUCAGCGCCGGCUACGACUACAAGGUGCUGAUCUGGAACCUGGAGAUCGGCGAGCCGGUGAAGAUGAUCGACUGCCACGCGGACGUGAUCCUCUGCAUGUCCUUCAACAGCGACGGCAGCCUCCUGGCCACCACCUGCAAGGACAAGAAGCUGCGCGUGCUGGAGCCGCGCUCCGGGAGGGUCCUCCAGGAGGCCAGCUGCAAGAACCACCGCGUCAACCGCGUGGUUUUCCUGGGAAGCACCAAACGGCUCCUGACCACGGGAGUGUCCCGCUGGAACACCCGGCAGAUCGCCCUGUGGGACCAGGAAGAUUUGUCCAUGCCCCUGAUGGAGGAGGAGAUCGACGGGCUCUCGGGGCUCCUCUUCCCGUUCUACGACGCCGACACCCACAUGCUCUACCUGGCUGGGAAGGGCGACGGCAACAUCCGAUACUACGAGAUCGGCUCGGAAAAGCCCUACCUGAGUUAUCUCAUGGAAUUCCGCUCGCCGGCUCCGCAGAAAGGGCUGGGUAAGGCUGGAGGACACGGCCUGGACGUCUCCGCCUGUGAAGUUUUCCGUUUCUACAAACUCAUCACCCUCAAGGGGCUCAUCGAGCCCAUCUCCAUGAUCGUCCCGAGGCGGUCGGAGACGUACCAGGAGGACAUUUAUCCCAUGACUCCGGGGACAGAGCCAGCCCUGACCCCGGACGAGUGGCUCAGUGGGAUCAACAGAGAUCCCAUCCUGGUGUCGCUGAAGGAGGGAUACAAGAAGAAUUCCAAGAUCGUCUUCAAGGCGCCGGUGAGGGAGAAGAAGAGCGUGGUGGUCAACGGGAUCGACCUCCUGGAGAACGUCCCGCCCCGCACGGAGAACGAGCUGCUGCGGAUGUUCUUCCGGCAACAGGACGAGAUCCGGAGGAUGAAGGACGAGCUCUCGCAGAAGGACAUUCAGAUCCGGCAGCUGCAGCUGGAAUUAAAGAACUUCCGGAACAGCCCCAAGAACAAUUGACUCCAGGGACGUUUUCUAAAGACAUUCCUUUGUUUCUACUCCCGAAUUCCUUGGAUCCACUCACCCAGAACACAAUUCCGAGAGCCUGGAAUCACGUCCUGCGCGUCUUGUCCGGCACUAAUCCCGCUCUAACCUGAUUCCUGGGAAAGCCUGGAGGCUCCCAGUACGUCGGAGCCGUGUCCUGUCCGUCGGGAGGAGCCAGCCCGGGGCGGAUUCCCGGGAAAGCACGAAGCUUCCUUGCUAUUAAUUUUUUUUCCUAUGCAAAAAAUGUGACAGCGGGAGCGGAACUGGAAAACGGGGCGGGAAGAGGGAAGGGCUUGAUCGUCAAAGGGGUUUCCAUGUGGGAAUCUGGGAUCCUUCCCGUGCUGGGACACUGGGAUCAUUCCCAUGGGAGCAGGACAGGAUCCUUGCUGUGGUGGGAAACUGGGAUCAUUCCCAUGGUGGGAUUCUGGGAUCCAUCCCAUGGGAACAGGAUGGGAUCCUUCCCAUGGUGGGAACCUGGGAUUUUUCCUGUAGAUGUAACCUGGGAUCUGUUCCAGGAUCC